GUGAUAAGAAGAAAUUAAAUGAUAUACUCGUCAGCCAAUAUUAUGGAGAUCGGAAAAGUCUUCUUGAUGACCUCGGCGUUGCUUGGCGGUUUCGUUCUAUUUGUGCGUUUGUUCCGUGCCUUGGUUCUGAAUCCAAAGAGGCUAAGAGCUAUUCUGAGGAAGCAAGGGAUCGAUGGACCGCCAUCGACGUUUCUUCUCGGAAACAUCAGAGAGAUCAGGAAGGCGCAAUCCGCGGCCACCGGCGAGCCCAAAGAGACCCACAAUCUCGCCUCUUUUAUCUUCCCAUUCUUUGAUGAGUGGAGAAACAAAUUUGGUCAAGUUUUUAUGUUUGCGCUUGGGAACAUACAGAUCUUGUGUGUGAAUGAUCCUGACACUGUGAGACACAUAACAACAUGCACGUCCUUAGACUUGGGAAAGCCUACUUAUCAGUACAAGGAACGAGGUCCUUUGCUUGGACAAGGGAUUCUAACUUCAAAUGGCACUAUUUGGGCCCAUCAGAGGAAAAUCCUUGCUCCAGAGUUGUAUAUGGACAAGGUUAAG